UUUUUGUCGGCGCAGUUCUCUAAACAGCAGGUUAUUACGAUUCCUUCACAAUAAUUUUCUAUCUGCUCGAUAUAUUUUUCAAAUUAGAAUUCUAAAAUAAAUUGAAUUAAAAAUAACAAAAUGUUAACGCCGGCCCGUUUAAUAAACCCACAACUGUUGAAACCAACAACAUUUAAAAGAAUUGUCACGUUCUCUACGAAACCCCAACCAAAGGAACAAUUUACCGGUAAUACUACAAAAUCUUCAACAACAAACCUAAAUACACCUGAGCAUAGAAAGCCCAUUGCACCGCCUACUUAUCGUUUUAUAUAUCCUGAAUUUCUGCCCGAUCCCAAAGUAGAAUGGCGUAAUCCGGUUAGAGAAAAACUGGAAAGACUGGAUAUGAUCGAUAGACGUACCCAAAUAGAAAUACCCGAAUUCUAUGUUGGUUCCAUAAUGGCUGUGACUAGCACAGAUCCUCAUGCGGCCGGCAAAGUUAGUCGUUUUGUAGGCAUUUGUAUAUUGCGUGAACGUUGUGGCCUCAGAGCUCGUUUCAUUUUACGUAAUGUCAUUGACGAACAAGGCGUUGAAGUUAUGUAUGAAAUGUAUGAUCCUUCUAUACAAAAAAUUGAAGUAUUACGCUUGGAAAAACGUCUAGAUGAUCAUUUACUGUAUUUACGCGAUGCUUUACCCGAAUACAGCACCUUCGAUGUUAAUAUGGAACCUGAAAUAAUAGAAGAAGGUACCGCUGUACCCAUUAAUGAUGUGCAAGUACGUUUGCGUCCUCGUCCCUGGUUGGAAAGAUGGGAAAGACAAAAUCUUAAGGGAGUUUCAAAUAUCGACGAAUAUAUUAAUGAAAAGAAUAGACGCAAAGCAUUGGCACAUGAGAAACCUUGGGAGAAAUACGACUUAAUGAAACAAUAUAGAGCCACUAUACCAGAGGAUGAGCAAAAGGAAAUAUUUGCUGAAGUUUACUCACAGUUGCAUCAAAUGGAACUGCAGCGCAAGAAGAACAAACGUAAGAGGUCUUUUGUUAAGCCAACAAAAUUAGCUUAAACUAAAAAGGAAUUAAUGUUAAAUUCAAUUUGUUUUAAACUAAAAGUUGUUAAAAAAUAAAGUUUCCAUAUAGGAUUUUAUAGUUAA